AUGCAGGAGAAGGAAGGGAAGUCAGAAGUCGUACCCUAUCACUGGGGGCGCUACAAGCAGGCCCUGCCUCUGCCCGACGUCGCGGCACCGUCAUGGCGCCUCAAGCAGUGGCACUACCACUCCAUCAACAACGGGAGGUGGUUCGUGGGGAUGGCCAUCGUCAACCUGGGCUACCUGGCGAACGCGUGGGUGUACCUGAUGGACAAGCAAAGCCGCUCCACGUCCUGCGAGUACAGAGCGCUCGUUCCGCUUAGCUUUGGGCUCUCGUUUGCGGACAGUUCGGUCGAGGGCACGACCAGCUGGAAGAGCCGCGGAAACCGAAUGGUGAUCCAGGCCGAUCAGGGCCAGAACGAGGGCGGCUACGCCGUCGAGCUGCACGUCACCAUUAACGGCACCGUCUUCGACGGGCGCUGCACCAUCGCCAAGCCCGAAGAAUCUCUGGCGUUGCUGUACCCGCUCGAGGGUCCGACCAGGCAGCGCGCUGCCUACACCCACAAGGCGGCGGGAAUGCCGGUGGAGGGCAGCUUCAGGUGGGGCGACGAGGAGCUGCGCUUCACCAAGGCCGACUCGUUCGCCACCAUGGACUGGACCCGUGACGUGGCGGUGGGGCUCAACCUAUCCGCGGAGGUGUACGAGGAUAAGGAAAACGCCUUCUGGCUCAACGGCAAGGUGCACCUGGUGGGUCCUGUGCAGUUCACGCUCCCCGCGCGCCAGCGGGUGACGCAGGACAAGUGGACCCUCCGCAGCCACAACGGCGCUUUGCAGCUCCAGUUCACCCCACACGCCGCGCGAGAGGAGCACCUUCAUGUGGGCGUCAUCGCUUCAGAAUUCUCACAAGUGGGCGGCACCUUCUCCGGUAUGAUCGACGUCGCGGCCCUCGAGGGUGGUCCCUCCCCAAGCAACGUCGUCACCGUCGAGGACGUUCUGGGCGUCGUUGAAACCCACUACGCCCUCUGGUGA